AUGCAAACAAUGAUCCUCAUCGAUAAAGCCCUGAAUGAGAACGAGAGUUUCAUUUUUAAUAACACUUUUUACAAAACGGAAGUUAGCACGAGAGUGCCCCUUCCGGUCAAUAGCAGCGAUUGGGGUCCUCGUCGCGACCCUUUGGCUAUUGUCAUCCCCAUCACCAUUGUCUACACGUUGACUUUCGUUAGCGGAGUCGUCGGCAACGUUAGUACUUGCAUCGUCAUCGCCCGAAACAAGUCGAUGCACACCGCCACCAACUACUACCUCUUCAGUUUGGCCAUCUCCGACCUCCUACUCCUCGUUUCAGGCCUCCCUCCUGAAAUCUACCUCAUCUGGUCGAGAUACCCCUACAUUUUCGGCGAAGCGUUUUGCAUAAUGCAAGGCUUCGCGGCUGAAACCUCCGCCAAUGCGACUGUUUUAACAAUAACGGCGUUUACGGUUGAGAGGUAUGUCGCCAUUUGCCACCCCUUUCUCUCACACACCCUCUCGAAACUUAACAGAGCUAUCAAGUUUAUUAUUGCGAUCUGGAUGGUGGCCAUGUGUUUGGCAAUUCCGCAAGCAAUGGCCUUCGGAUUGGUCUACGACAAGUUGCCCGAUGGGAGGGUCAUAGAGGACCAUUGUGUUUGCACCGUGAAGAGAUUCGUGAUUCCACACGCUUUUGAAAUUUCGACUUUUGUGUUUUUUGUGGCGCCGAUGUCGUUGAUCACGGUGCUGUAUGUGUUAAUUGGAUUGCAACUGCAUAGAUCGACUGUGAGGCCGUCGAGGGGGAACAGUGUCAAGUUAAAACACAGAGUGUAUAAGCAGAUUAAUCCCUCUAAUGGAGCGAGUGAAAAUGUGGAGAAGAAACAGGAGGAGGAAGGGAGGAAGAAUUUUGCGAAGAAUGCGCAAGCCACCAAACAUGUGGUGAAGAUGUUAGUGGCUGUCGUGGUGGCAUUCUUCAUCUGUUGGGCACCUUUUCACGCUCAACGCCUGCUGGCCAUCUACGGCGAACAAACUUCAGCAGGAAUGAUCCGAGCCUUUCAAAUCCUGACCUACGUCAGCGGAAUAUUUUUCUAUCUAUCAACGACCGUCAACCCUCUUCUCUAUCACAUAAUGUCCCACAAAUUCCGGGAAGCUUUUAAGGCCACCUACAAGCAGUGCUUCCGUCGAGGCCACCGUACCCCCGGAGGUAGGUGUUACUCGACAUUAUCCGGUCGAUCAUCGCAAGUAAACAGUCAUAGCAACACAGAUUCUUACAGCCGCCAGAGCUCACUUCGAUACCUCGAUGUUGAAAUGGCACGUCUACACGACUCUAGAAGGCCACUGGUUGUUUCCUUCCGAAGGAAAAAACCACCAACAUUGCGUCGACCAAAACAAGUCUCAAUUUUUGACACCGAAUUGCAACAAACACUCACCACUUUGAACAACGAAGAGAAGAGUAUUCCAAUCGUGGAAGUACACAGUCUUCAGCCGACACAUAUCUGUCCUUUGAGUGUGAUGAAAUUAGAAGAAUUCAACGAAAAUGAAAAGAGAAAUAAAACAAGAAGUGGGAGUUUAAACUGUGAAGAAAGAAACCGGGAAAAUAGGCUUAUAACAAAGUCGUGCACAAUGCCAGAAAUGAGAAACAAAAUUUUUGACUCUUUGAGAAAUAAUGACGAAAAAAGUGAACAGUUUUUGUAUAGAAACAAUUUUGCAGUCUCGGUUAAUUAAAUAAAUGCGUACAGUAGACUCCGCUUAUAACGAACCUCAAGGGACCUACAAACUUAAUUCGUUUUGUCUGAAGUGCUCAAUAUGCGUGUCUUUUUUUUUAUUUUUACUUAAAUUUGUAUG